GGUGGCAACAACAUAACCAGGAUCCAUGCAGACUUUGAACUGAAGCAUAGGUGAAUUGUUGAUUAAGUGAUGAAUUGCUGAUUAAAGGUCGCUUUUAUAGUCAGAUGAUAGUAUAGGGCAAAAUGCUGUUAGUGUCAACAACACCUUAAGUGCAUAUCUGCACAGGUGGAGUUCAACACUGCCAAGCCUUCUUUUUACACAUCAGUAUAAAGAUCCAUGAAUUUUGCCCUACCGGGCAUUCUCUCUAUAGUAACCUCUGCAGAAGUCACAGUUCCUCAGCUACUUCAUUCAAAAAAAUAGCAAUGGCUUCCUCCAGAACUGCCUACUUAAAAACCUCAGGUUCUUUCCAAUCUUCUGCUCCAAGCUUAACCAGUUCAAUCUACAAGUCACCAUCCAUUAAAAAAUACCGGACACCCAGCGUUCAUGGAGGAGCUGGGGGCUAUGGUACCCGUAUUUCCACGAGUACCAACUACGGUGGCUUUGGCAGUACUGGUUAUGGCAGCUUUGGCAGUGGUUAUCAACUCGGCACUUCCACCAAUGACCUCCUGCUUGCCAACAAUGAGAAACUUACUAUGCAAAAUUUGAACGAUCGUCUGGCUACCUAUCUGGAAAAAGUACGCUCCUUAGAAAUUGCAAAUACUCAUCUUGAGAAACACAUCCGCGAAUGGUAUGAGAAAAGUUCCCCAGUUGCUCGACAAGACUAUACCAACUAUUUGAAAACAAUUGAAGACCUCCAAAACAAGAUUAUUGGCGCACGACUAGACAACACCCAGAUCAUCCUGCAGAUUGACAAUACCAAGCUGGCUGCUGAUGAUUUUCGUAUCAAAUAUGAAACUGAACUGAACCUCAGACAAAAUGUGGAAAAUGACACAGCAGGGCUGAUGAGACUAAUUGAUGAUUUGACUCUUGUCAAGUCUGAUUUGGAGCAUCAGGUUGAAGGGCUGAAGGAAGAACUGGCUUACCUCAAGAAAAACCAUGAGGAGGAAACAGAAAGAUUGCGGAAGCAGCUGGGCGGAACUGUGUCUGUAGAGGUGGAUGCUGCUCCAGGCAUUGAUCUGGGCCAGAUGAUGGAUAACAUGCGCCAGCAGUAUGAAGUCAUUGCUGAAAAGAACCGCCAAGAGGCCAAGGACUGGUUUGAUAAACAGGUUGAUGAAUGGAAUGUGGAAGUGACUACUACUACCCAACAACUUGAGACCCAUAAAGGUGAAGUCACAGAGAGGAGACGCACUCUUCAGAACCUUGAGAUUGAACUCCAAACCCAACUUAAUUUGAAAGCUGAUCGGGAGAAUGAGUUGGCAGGAGUUGAAGCCCGUUACGGUGCCCUCUUGGCCCAGAUCCAGGCCACCAUUGCCAAUUUGGAGGCACAGAUGAUGCAGUUGCGAAAUGACAUGGAGCGGCAGAAUCAAGAGUACAACAGCCUCCUGGAUAUUAAGGUCAAGCUAGAGGCAGAAAUUGCCACUUAUCGGCGUCUGCUGGAAGGGGAAGACACCAGAUAUAUUGAAGAAGAAGCCGAAAGAGAAAAGAAUAAAAUUCUGAGGAUCAAGACUGUUGUGGAAGAAAUGGUAGAUGGGAAAGUGGUGUCAUCCAAGGUUGAUGAGAGGGAACAGAAGAUGUAGCCAGAUGUGGCUCAAAAUGCAUGUUAUGUUCUUCGGAGGGAAAACUAUGAGCUAAUCUCAAAACCUGCCUUUUGAAGAUAAAAGGAUUCUUUUCUGUAGAUUUAAAGAGAGAAUUCAAUUACAAAGAAAACUAUUGUUCUAUUCAUAAAGAAGCAAUGUAUUAUUUCCUUUCUUCUUCUUUUAAAAACUCUGUAUUCAUUCAUUUUUAACCCAUUGGCCAUAUAAUCUCAAACCUGUUGUCAAUAAUAAUAAUAAUAAUAAUAAUAAUAAUAAUAAUAAUAAUAAUAAUAAUAAUAUAUUCCCCCCUAUCUCCCCAAGGGGACUCUUCAACUUUAAAAGAGAUACAUACUCAGGGAAACUUUAUUUUUAAUGCAACAGUGCAAAACCUGCCAAUGUCAGAUUGCCAAAUGGAAGCUCACAUGAUAUAAAGCAACCAACAUUUAAAACUGCUUUUAAUUGUCUUUUACCAUGAAUUAUAUAUUAUAUCUGGUAAAUCUUUCUUUUUCUGUUAUCACAACUGAUGAUCUAAAAUGCUGAACUAAACAAAAAACUGGCAAAAAUGUUAAUUUCUUGAAAAAUGAGUUAAAAUCUGUAAAUCAGGCCAACAGACAUAAAUUUGCUUAAUUAACACAUUCUGGGUCUGAUUAACUUGGGAGAAAAGGUGGGGGGAAGAGAUGGCAUCUGGGAAUGGAAGAACAGAAAAUAAAGCCAGCAUCUAUACAAUUCAAGGUAUAGAAGUAUCAAAAUCAAAUCAAAUUAUUCUGGUAUUUGAGACAAACUGUAUCUUCACCUCACUGGCAGUAAAAAUAAAAUUAAAUACUUAAUCUGUGGCAUUUUCAUGGCACUCAAAAUCUUUUGACUGAGGCAGCUGCCUUACUCUUCCUAGCAAUAUCGCUGCCUAUAUCUGUAUGAGCAUUUUAAGACAAAGGAUAUAUGGAAGGCGGAGUAACAGAGACAAUUGUGUGUGGUGGAAGCCAGCAUACUAUAGUAGUUUGACAGCUGGACUACAACUCUGGAGACCAAAAUUGCAUCCCAUGGAAAUCCACUGGGUAACCUUGGGCAAAUAGCUUUCAGCUUCAGAGGAACUGCAAAGCCAAAACCUCAUUGAACAAAUUUUGCCAAGAAAAACCCUCAAUAGGUUUUUAGGUAGGGUUGCCAUAACUCAGGAAUGACUUCAAAGAACAUACCAAUGACCGGUGUGGAAAUUCCAAAACAUUAGAAAGCCUGAACAUAGAGGCCAGACAUUUGUUUUGCACUUCAAUGAAAACUGUGAAAGUUUUUGGCAGUAUAACUUGUCAAAGAGUCUACAAAUAUGGAACUGCACAUUAACUGGGCCUGCCUUGACUCCUAAUACAAGUCUUCCAUCAUACACAAAGAAGUAUGCAAACUUCUCACCUCAUGUUGGAUUUUAGAAGCAGCAACUGUCCCUCUGACCAUGUUCAACUACCUCCAAAUAGACAAUAAAGAGAAAUCUAUAAUCUUCUGAGUCUACAUGAUUCAGGUCAAGGUCAAUAUGUCACUUAGUGUUGGGUUUUUAUAAUAGGCAGAAAGCAAUACAGCUUGUGUUGGUUUAACUGAUUAUGAAGAUUAGAGCUUGGAUAAAUGGAUAGAUAGAAGAUACAUCUCCCUCUCUCUUAAUUAGAAAGCAAAGACCAAUUCCUUCCUUUUGUCUUUCUCUACAAAGAGUCUACUGUCUACUGUCAAAUUGUUACUUUAUAUACUCAUGGUUUUAUUUUGUGUUGUUCUGUGUGUUUAUUUUAU